GGUCGUUGAAACGAAACGGCGGGCGACUUUGAGGAGGUCUGACCUUGCAUGAUGAAUGAAUCUGUCUGUUCCGUCUUUCGUGACAAACUGAAGCGUUUACUUCACUGGGGUCCCGUAUCUACGAUCUGGAUUAUAUUUUUUAUUACACUCACGAGUUUAUACAGUACCUUACAUGUUGCCCCUCCCUGUUCAUCACUUCUUGGUCUCUUUCUAUCUACGUGCAUAUUUAGUUCCUUUUAUAUGAUUCUGAAGUCUUACCUUUGUGCCGUAUUUGUUGGCCCAGGAUUUGUCCCUCUGGGUUGGAGGCCGUUGUGACAAUUUGAGCCUAAAUCAAAUUAAGAAAAUAUUAGGAUAAACAAGUUUACUAUUGAGACAAUAGUUGUGGGGUAGGACAUGGUUUCCCGAUCAUUAUUACUGUUGGAUCUGGAAGACAGAAGUUCUUUAUUUUUCGCUGAUUUUCUGUUUCUUUUUUAGUGUGACCCUUCAGCUGAACAGAAGCUUCAGUUCUGUAAUGUUUGUAGAGGUUUUAAGCCCCCACGAGCCCAUCAUUGUCGAGCUUGCAACCGGUGCAUAAUGAAAAUGGACCAUCAUUGUCCCUGGAUAAACACAUGUUGCGGUCAUCUUAACCAUAAAUAUUUUUUGAUAUUUUUGUUGUUUGCUCCAUUCGGAUGCAUCACCUCUUGUAUAGCACUAUUGCUUUCUAUAUAUCAAAGUCCAGCAAUCGUAAGUUUUGAUUUAUUUCAUUAUUUCUCUGGUCACAGAUCGAUAUACCCCGUGUAAAAGACAUUAAUUCUGUUUUAAUCGGAGCCAUCUAUCCUUCGGAUUAGGGAAAUAAAUCGGUGACUCCAUAUCUUUCAAGGUUUUCCCCUGCUUGUAAACUCAUUGCUGUAAGAGACUGACAACAGUCCCAAGUGCCUACGGCAAUUAAAAUAAUUUCUCUGUGGUCUAACUAGCGUUUAUAUCUUUUGUUAACUGAAUCAAUCGAUGGGUAAUAUCACUCUGAAAGGGUUACAUAUAAACUCAGAUCUUCAUUCUUAUUACUUGUAAUUCGUGAAGAUCGUUCUUCAAAACAGUCCAUAUUGACAUAUUCCCUAUUCCUUUUCCAGAUUUUUCACGGCCGUGAUAACUUUCGUCAGAUUUAGAUGAUCAGUGUAGAUUUUACAUUCACGAUUUGGUUGAAUAAUAGAAAAUAAAAUUUAACCAAACUAUGAAUGAAAUUUCCACAGGAUACUCUUAUCAUCUAUUUAGUUUGGUUCUUUGUGAUAUUACAACUUUAUUUUUGUAGGCUAAAAUUUGUUCAACGACUAGGUUUUUCUAACUAAGCAGCUCUCCAGUAAUAAUGUUUAUUGAGGUUUUUACCACUCAGUCUUUAUGGAUUAUAAAAGAAACCUGAAUUAGAUCUCCAAUUUUCAUGGGUAUUCGUGCUUCCGCAAGCUGGCUGAAACAGGUGCUCAAAUGUAAGUGUAUAGACUCGUCAACAUGUAUAAAAUUUUGGCAGCAAGUCUCUGCGUUUACAUGUUCUUGAAGCUCAUCAGUGUGUACGACUUUAGAUUGAAUGAAAGUGAGUUCUAGUUUCAUGACUCAAGAAAUCUGAAUAUUGCCGCAUUCUCUGGAAUCCAUGGUUUAUUCGCAAAGCUUUCACUAUCUUGGUGGACAAUAACAUGUUACAAGUUGUAAUGUUCUGCCAGAACUUGGUUUUUGAAGGGUGCACUGAUGACAUUGCUUGUAAUAGUACUAAAAAACCAUAUAAGCAAACUGCAGUUACCGAAAUCAUGUACUGCGAAUUUCUGAGGUUUAGGUUACAUAAAUGUUUAACUAGUUUCUUAAAUUACAAGUUAAAACAGUUACUGUCAGGCCAAUCGAUAUCGGAUGAACUUUUGAACAUAAUUUAAUCAAAUAGACCAAGUGAAGCAUCAGUUUUUCAAAUUAUGAUACCAAUGGUGGCUAAUGGAAGUAUUAUGUGUCCCAACUCACAUUUGAGAUGACGGUGAUAGUCGAUAACGUCGACAAUAAUUUUCCUUAUUUGAAAAUGGAUUUAGAUUAGAUAAAAGUGGUUCUUGAAGAGAUAUUAUUUCAAGAGAUCAUUGUCUUCAUCAAACUAAGAUUCUAGAUGUAUCAUCAAGACGGGUUUCCACAGUUAGUGUUGCAUUCUCCAGGCUAAGGCUGAACACCUAUAUAGCAUAAUUGUUUUGUUUCUGUAUAUAAAUCCGAGUGGGUAAUAUUGAGGAAAAAAUGUUUAGUGAAAAUUCAUAAAAUAUAUAGUUCAUGGCCCGUAUUUUAAUUUUAUGGUGAAUCUUCAAUAGCUAAUGAGACUAGUAAAUUUUUUAUGUUAUACCUUCUUUAAGUAUCACAUUGGUACUGGUGGAACAAGGCAAUAUAUCUGGAGUGUUCAGGGAUACUUAUGUAGUUUUUAGCUCUCUGAAUCAUUCGGGUAGCUGUUGAGUACUCAUAUCAUUUUUUUGUUUAGGGGUGGUGAACAGUGACCUAUAACUCGUAAGGAGCUUGUUUUAUAGUGUUGAUGUGCUUUAAAAGCUAAUCUUACCCUCUUAACACGCUUUCAUUCCACUUUUUCUGUAUUUAAAAAGUAGAUGCGGCUUGUAAUUGGUUUUCAGUGGCAGAACUAAUAUGUACUGUCUUAUUCCAGCUACAUUUUUCACUCCAUAAGUCAUGCAUUAGUCUCUUGAGAGGAUAUAGAUAUGGCGUGAACGUUUUGGUGGUAUCAGUGUUUCUAACUUCCUUUGGUAGAUUAGUCGUGACUUGUGGUGACAUUGUUUUUUUCCAAUUACGAAGUUGUGUUCAUGGUUUUUCAAGAUCCGUAAGUGAUUUUCGUGGAAAAAGACCCAUGCCCACGGUUAAUUAUAGUUUCUUUUUACAUAUAAUUUGGUUUGCACGAAAAUCCAUGAGUACUAAAUUUAUGUUAAAAAUGCUGGUCUUCAUAAAAUGUAAGCAUUUUCGUUUGAUUUCAGUUUCCUAGUUUACUUUUGCGAAGAUUUCAAUCAAGCGUUUUGUUCGUCAUAGCUGAUCUAAUGAUAACAUUAUUUGCUUUGGGUUUAGCUGUGGGUGUUGCACUGUCUGUUGGGAUUUUAGCCAUUUUCCAGUUGAAAGCUGUUGCAAGGAAUCAAACGGGAAUAGAAUCAUGGAUCGUAGCGAAAGCAAACGUUUGGCGAAAAGAUGUAGGGGAAAAAAAACCAUUUCGCUAUCCAUAUGACCUUGGAAAGAUCGGAAAUUUUCAGCAGAUUUUUUUGUGGUCUGGUAAAGUCUUAGGAGAUGGAUACUACUGGCCUGUUGUGAAAGGCUGCACUCAGUAUGACUUGACUUUGGAACAGAUCUAUCAAAAAAGGUUGAAGCAAAAAAUUCAGCGCACAUUCAAAAUUACCCGAAAUUAUGAUGGGAGUCGGUGUAUGUGUUUUCGUUAUGGAUGUCUAACUGCGAUACGUUCCCCAUGUUUUGAAGAACCCAGAAUACCUGUACGUGUCGGUGAUGCUCUUAUGGUGACAAGAGGAACAAAAUACUGGAUUUACGGUCAUUUGGUCCCUUCUGAGAGUUUUGGUGAUUUUUCAGAUUCUGUCGAAACUCGUGGGUGGGUUCCUCGUGUUUGUGCUUUGGAAGUCGAUUUCAAGCACAAAAACGACAAGUUCUCUCUUAAAAACGACUAGGCAAUCACAUUCCAUCGUUCAGAGGAUGAUCCGUUCUCUAUUUUGUAAAUUACUACAGUGUUCAUACUAAUUAUCGUUACUUUACUCACUUUUGUAAUUUCUUUUCUUGUUCUAUUCUUUCAUUCUAUUUUCCUAUUUACUUCCUCUUAUCUAAAAGAUUGGGUGGGAUGAAAUUAUUCUAAUAACACAAACUGAACAUCUCAGUCUAAGAUUUGUCUUGAUGUAUUAUUUACUAUCAUUCUAACCACCAAUCUUAUGAAGUGACUCAAAUGUUAGAGGAGCGUACUAGUAGUUGGUGUUUGUUUAACACAAGCUUUUCAUAUAGAUUGAUAAUACAGUGACUUUAUUUUAGAUUGA